GGCUGGGGCUGGGCCCGGCGGCUGCUGCUGCUGCGGCCGGUCGGUGCGGUCGGUGCUGCCGGGGCUGUCGCUGCUGCCGCCGCCGCCGCCGUCUCCUCCUGGUCCUCGGCCAUGGCAGCCGCGCCCCUGAGAGUGUGCAUCGUGGGCUCUGGCAACUGGGGCUCAGCCGUGGCCAAAAUCAUUGGCAAUAAUGUCAAGACGCAUCAGAAGUUUGCCCCAAUGGUCAAGAUGUGGGUCUUUGAGGAAACGGUGAAUGGACGAAAACUCACGGACAUCAUCAAUAAUGAUCAUGAGAAUGUCAAGUACCUCCCGGGACACAAGCUGCCUGAAAAUGUGAUUGCUGUCCCAAGUCUUAGUGAUGCUGUUGGAGAUGCUGACCUCCUGAUCUUUGUGAUUCCUCACCAGUUCAUUCACAGGAUCUGUGAUGAGAUCACUGGGCAAGUGCCCAAGAAAGCUCUGGGGAUCACCCUCAUCAAGGGAAUUGAUGAGGGUCCCGAAGGGCUCAAACUUAUUUCUGACAUCAUCAGAGAGAAGAUGGGCAUCGAUAUCAGCGUGCUGAUGGGUGCCAACAUCGCAAAUGAGGUGGCCGCUGGGAAGUUUUGUGAGACCACGAUCGGCAGCAAGGUGCUGAAGAAUGGGCUUCUCUUCAAGGAACUCCUCCAGACUCCGAAUUUCCGAAUCACUGUCGUGGAUGAUGCUGACACCGUAGAACUGUGUGGGGCACUCAAGAAUAUCGUGGCGGUGGGAGCCGGCUUCUGUGACGGGCUCUGCUGCGGGGACAACACCAAGGCUGCCGUCAUCCGCUUGGGGCUCAUGGAGAUGAUUGCUUUUGCCAAGAUCUUUUGCAAGGGGCAGGUGUCCACGGCCACCUUCCUGGAGAGCUGCGGUGUGGCCGACCUGAUCACCACGUGCUACGGGGGCCGUAACCGGAGAAUAGCUGAAGCAUUUGUCAAGACAGGAAAGACCAUUGAGGAACUGGAGAAGGACAUGCUGAAUGGCCAGAAGCUGCAGGGGCCCCAGACUUCGGCAGAAGUGUACCGCAUCCUCAAGCAGAAGGGGAUCCCGGAGAAGUUCCCCUUGUUCACGGCCGUCUAUCAGAUCUGCUAUGAAGGGCGACCGGUCCAGGAGAUGCUUUCCUGCCUCCAAAGCCACCCAGAGCAUAUCUAGCGGGGAUGGCGCCCGCCACGCGCCGGGCAGCCUCUGCCUCUCCAGGGGGCCCGAUGGUGGCUCAGCCCAGACACUCCUUGCCUGACUUUGUGCUCCAAACAUGAAUGUUGGUGGCUUUCUCCAGGUUCAUUCUUUUCUAGCCUCGGUGCAGAGGAAGUAGGUGGAUGGUCCAGCGCUGGAUGGAUUUGCAACUCAUUUCAUUGGCCAAGAUGUGGGGGUGUGAGACACCGUCAUGCAAGUGUUGCACAGCUGUACCCAAGUCGAUGUGUGUGUGUGUGUGUGUGUGUGUGUGUGUGUGUGUGUGUGUGUGUGAGAGAGAGAGAGAGAAGGAGAGAGAAGGAGAGAGAGAAAGAGAGAGAGUGAGUGUGCGCGCGUACAUUCCAAAACCCACCAAAGGGAAUUUUUGGAUUCAUCUUUUGGUAUUACUCUGCAGUGGUAGCUUGGGAGAGUGGGACUGUCUUUCCUAGUUGCUUUUUGUUUCUUUUCAAAUUGAACUCGUUAAGGUUAGGUCUCUGGGCGAGGGCAAUUUUGUUUUAACAAUUAACCAGCAUUCUUGUGGUGGGUGGGAAAGAAGGAAUAGCUUUACCUCAUGCAGUCCAGUCAAAUCAAGAAGCAUUCAUUAAGCGCUGGCCGUCUGCCAGGUACUUGCUAAGCAUGGGGGUGGGGGCUAGGGGGGCGGUGACAAAGAAAGGCAAAACCAGGCUCUUGGUCCCUCCGAGGAGCUCCUGGUCCAAUAACAAAGCCAGCAUUGUUCCUUAUCGAUACUGGGGGGGGGGGGUUGGUUUUUAAUGACAUUUUUAAUCGGGCCAUACCACCUGCAUUCUUCCUAUUCCAGCGGCAAUGGCAGUGGGCUGGUGUGGGCCCACAGGUCUUUUCCCCUCACUCAUCCUUCUGCUAUGCUGCUUAGGCUUAGACUUUUCAGAGCAACUUUGGGAAGACCACAUGCCUCCCCCACCCCCACUUCCAGAACCGUUUUCUAAGGCCUUCCCAGCUUGGUGUUGUCGCCCAAUCAAUGCUUGGUGUAAAUAGCAUCUCUACCUGUGCCUGCUACAGCUCACUAGCCUUCAGCAUCUCUGGGCCCCUUGGAGUGCCUGGCAUUCCAAAGAAGGUUUUAAUACUGCCGCCAUCUUUGGAGACUUGGUGCAGAAUCAGGCCCGUACGAUGCCUGCCUGUCAAGGCCCCUUCUCUAACUUGAAGCAUCUCCUCCUUGGCCUAAUCCAGCCAUCCUGUGUGUCUCUGUUGGGAAAGCUGUGAAAACACUACAGGUGUGAUUUUUAGCAAGAGUGAAGUGGGAAAGGCCUGCAUGACAAACCCUGGCCUUUGGGCCUCCAUCCACAGGGAACCAUGAUUCUCUGAGGGUGACCUGGCCUGGCAGGGUAAGGAGGCCCUAGGAAGACCACCUGAGCUUUCUCCCUCCUCCACAUUCUCCCCUCCGUCACUCUGCCAGCCAGGGAUGAGGGACCGGGAGGAGACAAAGCCGGAGGGUUUGCCUGAGACCCAGCGAUGGCCAACCACGCACAUUGAGACAGCCCUUCUCCGCUGUAACCUGUCUGCAUUUCAUUUCAGAAGGCUUGCUCUGGGCUCAAGGCAAUCUUGAAGCGGCUCCCUGGCCACCUCCUCAGUCCCUGUGAGAGACUGGGCCAGAACGGCUUGUCCUCUGCUCAGAUCUCCUGCCAGGUCUUUAUGAUGCAUCAAAGUGACUCUGGAAAUCUCGCUAAUGCGCACAUUAUGUACCACAUGUGAUUUUUUUCAUUCGGGGAUUCGAAUGCAAAUGGGUUCCAGCUAUGGGGCCCAGGCUCUAGCUCUUGACAACUGGUAAGGGAAUGUGUGAAUGUCUCCAAGCAUUCAGGGCCUGCUCAAUCACUUUCUGAGACAUUUGCUCUUUAUUUUUGCUAUUGCUGAAAAUGAUUGUAGAUGAAUGUUUUAUGGGAUUUUAAAAAAUUCCAACCUAGAUAUCACUGGGCAUUUUAGAAUCAGAAACAUGGACACCUGUGAAAAGCACAUGAAAUGCCCCAAAUUGGACCCAUUUUUCUCUUAAUUGACUUCAAACCACUUGAUUGGUGGGAAGCCUUUUAAAAGUUUGUACAUUCAUUUAAAAAGUGUCAUUUUAAAAUCCCUAAGGGGCUGUGCACUAAUCAGGGGUCUCCUGGGUAGCUUAAU